AUGGGUUACACACAUCGAGAUAAUGCGCAGUUUAGUCGAGCAAAGUGGAGGAAAAGGAUCCUCCUACCGUGCUGGGCGAUCCAGAUCUUAAUUUUGCUAGGCAUGAUGGGUCUAUUCUCCUAUCGACUUUCUAGGACGUCCAAAACGUGGCGAGAUCAGCAAGCUCAAGGCGAGGAUCCUACAGUGGAGUUUGUAUGGGAAACGGUCAACGUUUCAUUUUCGUUCAUUUCCCUCGUUAUAGUAUUUGUUUCGAUAGCGAGAUUUAUCGCAGAGGUGUUGACACCGCUGCCGUUGCUGUUUGGAAACAUCAUAAACUUAGCCCUUACAUCUGCUGUUUUAGCACUUGAUAUUGUGGUUUAUGUUAGGUACGCCGACAGGCGAUACUCAUUAAUUGGAUUGGUCAUGGACUGCAUCCUCAUGUUCUUCACGAUUAUCCCUACGUUCUACUCGGUCACCAUCUAUCGUCGGCUAUUGAAUUAUGAUGAUUACCAUAUUCCCGGCAAUAUCAAGCCGUAUGGGUAUGCUAGUGCCGAGGAGCCUGAAGAAACAGCAUAUCGAUCGUCGUGGCUUGAACCUCCCGUGCCGUACGAUCCAACAAAUCCUUCCGUAACGGUAACUCGGCCACGAUCGGUAUCCGCCGCCAGUCGCCGUAUCUCUUUGGCACUUAGUAGCCAUCCUCCUUCACCACAACCGACUCCGCCUGUGGUAGAGCCGAUGAUGGAGCGACGUGCGAGCUACGAUCAUAAGCGUGAUACUAAAUUCGACGAAUAUGUACGACACCGGUCAGGCUCGUAUACUAAAGCUGAUGUAGAGCGGGCACUGGGGGUCGAGUUCGGCUGGGAGGACACUCGUGAUCAGCGCGACAGUGUGAUCAGCGCAGGGGCAGUAUCUGUAUUGCAGUCGAGACCUAGGGGGGAUUCGCUAUCAAUAAGACAGUCGAGCAUGCAGGCGAGCCUUAGUAGAAAUGGCAGCAGUAGCACUGCUACCACUACGACCACUACUACAACUACUUCCACAGCAUCAUUGGAUGCGCAAAGCGCAAUGGCGAGGGCGCAUAGUCUAAAUAGCGUACCAGAAGCUCAUGAGGAGGAGGAUAUCACGAUCCAGCUCGGGGGCCAGCAGGCGCAGUGUAGGGAGAAUUGA